UGUAAUUCAGCUAAUUCUCUAGGGUUUCUCUCAAAUUACCCCUAAUGCUUCAUAAAUUAUAUUUGUUUGUAUAACCUAAAUGGUUUAUAUCAUCAUUAUUUGACAUUUUCCCUUUCAAAAAUAGAAAUGAAAGGUUCUUUCUCCUGUGAUUACGAAGGAUUUGUUAAACUUACAUCCUUUAGGAUAAAACAUGUCGAAAUAUCGGAGUAUUUGUCGCUUUCAACUGGCCUCCGUGUGUUUUUUAUCCAAUAUGAAACACCAAUAGUAAACACAUACAUAGUAGUACCAACAAGAGAGGAGACCGAUCAAGGUUUGCCUCACACGCUGGAGCAUUUGAUAUUCCUAGGAAGCAAAAAUCACCCCAUUAGAGGGAUUUUGGACCUGGUAUCCAUGAAGUCACUUUCGUCUGGAACAAAUGCAUGGACGUCAACAGAUCAUACAGCAUAUACACUGUCGACAGCAGGAAUUGAUGGAACCAUGCAGAUGCUGCCUAUAUACCUGGACCACGUACUUAGACCGUUAUUAACUGAAAUAAAUUUUAUGACUGAUGUACACCAUGUUACCUCAGACGGAUCAAGCUCAGGAGUUGUCUACUCAGAGAUGAAAUCAAGAGAAAACCACUCCGACGAAUUGAUGUUUUUCGAAGUCUUAGAUAAACUUUAUCCGGGGGAUUCAGGAUAUAAACGUAACACAGGAGGAAAACUAAGUGCUUUGAGAUCAACAAAUAUAGAAAGAGUGAGGGAUUAUCACAAAACAUACUACAAAUGGAGUAACCUGUCAGUAGUUAUUUGCGGAGAUAUACCUGAUCCUAAAGCUGUUUUAUCCCUUUUAAAUGAACAACAAAAACUAAUUAAUCAAACUACUGACGAAAAUAAAACAACUAUUGAUAUGGUUGAUAAUGUAGAAAGAUUGAGUAAAAAGUUUAAAACUGAUGAUGAUUUAAAAGAUUUCUUUGAAAAUAGAUUUGUGGUUUGGAAUGAUGAAAAGCAUGUACAGAAGUUAGAAAAGAGCACAGUUAGUACAAUAUAUUUCCCAUGUGAAGAAGAGGAAUGUGGAACAUUUACAAUGUCUUGGAGAGGGCCUAGUUGGGAGGACUUUGAGUUGAUUCGAGCCAUAUCAGUGAUGGGAUCAUACCUAGUGGAUUCAACAGCCUCACCUCUGGAAAAAGCAUUAAUUCACACAGAUAACCCAUAUGGUAGUUGUGUAGAUUUUUCAAUGGAACUUUUUAAGGAAACGUAUUUUCAGCUUACGGUUAAGGAUGUGCCAUUAAGUAAAAAUUCUAAAAAUCCUACCGAGGAUAAGAUUGAAGUCCUUGGAAAUAAGGUAAAAUCAUUAUUGGAAAAUAUAUAUAAGGAAGAAUUUGAUAUGGAAAGGAUGAGGAUGCUGAUUAAAAGGUGCUAUCACAAUUAUUUGAGACAAAUUGAAACAAUCGCACAUGAAACGCUGAUAGAAAAUGUAAUAGGGUAUAUAAUAUACGGAAGUAAAAGAGAACAGCUGGAGAAAAUCAUAGUGGACCAUGAUCUUGUAAAAAAUUUGUUAGAAAAGGAUGAAAAAUACUGGAAAGAAUUACUACUAAAGUAUUUUAUAGAACCACCGUCAGUGUCAGUUAAGUGCAUGCCCAGUUUGGAAAGAUCAAAAGUGAUAGAAAAGGAAGAGAAGGAAUUGAUGAGAACCCAACUGAAGAAAUAUGGUAAAGAACAACUUAAGAAGAAUAAGGAAAUGGUAGAUGAGGAUUUGAAGAAGAAUAAUAAUGGGCCACCAGUUGAUAUAUUAGACCAGUACAAGCAAUGUGAUUCAAGACUAAUUAAACUCCCAACCUAUCCAUUAUAUAGAAAUUUUGAUUUCAAACCUCAAAAUAACAGUGUUACUAAUGUUGAUAAUUAUAAUAAUAAGGUUAUUGAUGAGUUAAAACAUGAUUUUGAUGAGGACAAGAUGAAGAGAAAGAAGGAAUUGGAUAGUUAUAAAGAUCAACUAAAGAGAAUAAAAUUCCCAAUCCAAGUCAAUAACAUUCCAAGUGAUUUCGUACGUAUAUACUUGAUAUUUUCAACGUGUAAACUAAACCUUAGCGCAAAGGAGAAGAAACUUAUGUUCCUACUAUGUGUCCUAUUGUUUGAAUCAGAUGUGAUGUUCGGAGAUCGUCUAAUGAAGUCAGAAGAGUUAAUUAAAACUCUGAUGGAAAACACAACUUCAUAUGGCUGUAACUUGGGUUUGAGCAGUUCCUCAGUACUGCCAGACCCAUACUCAGAACUUGUAACAUUACACUUUACAUGCCCAACAGAAAAUUAUGAUAAGUUGCUUGAAAUUAUGUAUAAUAUUUUCUAUAAUGUAGAGUACACUAGAGAUAUUAUAACCAACCAUGUACAGUCGUUGCUUAACUCAUUUUCAAAGAAGAAACGUUCAGCAAAAACAAUGUUAAAGCAACUGUCAAAUUAUCUAAAGGUUGAUGAUGGCAGUGUGAGACAUCUGUGUAGUUUGGGUCAGCAGGAUCAAAUGUUUAAGAAUUUAAUGUCUGACCCAGACGGACCCGUUAGACUGGAAAAGGAAUUGAAGAGUUUACAUCAGAAAAUAUUCAACAUUGAGAACAUUUCGGUGCACAUUACUGCAGACUUGAGUAAAUUGAAGAGGAAUUGGUUGGACUUUUGGGUAAAUUUUAGUGAAUCUAAUAUUAAAAAUGAGGUGAAUCAUGAAUAUAACCAUGAAUUUCCACUGAAAGAAAGUGGAGAAAAACUGGUAUUGAACAAAUAUUUCGGGCUUAAAUUUGGAAAAGAUAAAAAAUUGAAGAAUGAAACAGGGAUUUUAUCGUCGCUGGCAUCAACAGAUGUUUCAUAUUUGUCCGUGGUUGUGCCAGCUCCAUACGGAUACAACCAUGAAGAUUAUUUUCCAGUACUAACUAUAUGUGAAUACUUGACAAUUACAGAAGGGUCAGUGUAUAGAGCAAUUAGAGGAGGAGGAUAUGCCUAUCAUCAUAGGUUUUCAUACUCGCCGUCGCAAGGAGAAAUACAGAUGUUCAUAACAGAAGCAACUGAUUUAGUUAUGGUGGCUCUAGCACUGAAGGUUACCAGAGAAUGCCUGCUCAAGUAUUUAGACCCGGAAUCGGAUUUAGAAAAGGAGUUGUCAGCUGCAAAAUCAAGCCUAAUAUACAGAAUAUUGAGCAAUGAGGAGAGUCUGGCAGAUUAUAGUCAAGAAACAUACACAAGCGCCCUCAGACAAACCGAUGUCGACUUUAACAAGUAUUCAGUAGUCCAGAUCCAGGAACUAGGAGUGGAAAGGAUAAGAGAAGCAUUCAAAAAAUAUUUCGCGGCAUUUCUGGAAUUUUCAGGACCGCCGAAGAUAAUGUCGUGCAUAGCAAGUAAAAGCGACGCGAAAACCAUAUAUAAGGGCCUCAAAACCGUAAAAUAUCACAACAUACAGCAACUCGAAUCUAAAUCACUGCUUAGUUUGUUGGCAAGUAGUGCAGAAGCACAAGAAAACUAG